CCCACCCCGUUGCCAGGGCGUCGGGCGGCCCAGAGCCGGCAAAGUCGGCCUGGAGAGGAGGCGUGGUGUCCCGCGGCCGGCUGGGACUUCGCGGAGCCGGGCCUGCGGGACUACAGGAUGGGCUGAGUCGGCAGCGGCUCUCAGGACGAGGUGGACAGCCCGGCGGAAGGCGUGACCCGGGUUGUGGCUGUUUAGGCUGUGGGCUUCAGGAGAGGGCGGGCCGCGUGGGCAAAUGCGGUACCGAGAACCCCGGCUUGAAAAUGGAGAUGUAUGAAACUCUUGGAAAAGUGGGAGAGGGAAGUUAUGGAACGGUCAUGAAAUGCAAACAUAAAGAUACUGGGCGGAUAGUGGCCAUUAAGAUAUUCUAUGAGAAACCAGAAAAAUCUGUCAACAAAAUUGCAACGAGAGAAAUAAAGUUUCUAAAGCAAUUUCGGCAUGAAAACCUGGUCAAUCUGAUUGAAGUGUUUAGACAAAAAAAGAAAAUUCAUUUGGUAUUUGAAUUUAUUGACCACACAGUCUUAGAUGAGUUGCAACAUUACUGUCACGGACUAGAGAGUAAGCGACUGAGAAAGUACCUGUUCCAGAUUCUUCGAGCGAUUGAGUAUCUUCACAAUAAUAAUAUUAUCCAUCGAGAUAUAAAGCCUGAGAAUAUUUUAGUCUCCCAGUCAGGGAUUACUAAGCUCUGUGAUUUUGGGUUUGCAAGGACAUUAGCAGCUCCUGGGGAUGUCUACACAGACUAUGUGGCCACUCGCUGGUACAGAGCUCCAGAACUGGUGUUAAAAGAUACCUCUUACGGAAAACCAGUAGACAUCUGGGCUUUGGGCUGUAUGAUCAUUGAGAUGGCCACUGGCAAUCCCUACCUUCCUAGCAGUUCAGAUUUGGAUUUGCUCCACAAGAUUGUUUUAAAAGUAGGCAACCUGACCCCGCACCUGCACAAUAUCUUUUCCAAGAGUCCUAUCUUUGCCGGGGUGGUUCUUCCUCAAGUUCAACACCCAAAAAAUGCAAGAAAGAAAUUCCCAAAGCUCAACGGAUUGCUGGCAGAUAUAGUUCAUGCUUGUUUACAAAUUGACCCUGCGGAGAGGAUAUCGUCUACUGAUCUUUUGCGUCACGAUUACUUUACUAGAGAUGGAUUUAUUGAGAAAUUUAUACCAGAGCUGAGAGCUAAAUUAUUACAAGAAGCAAAGGUUAAUUCCUUCAUAAAGCCAAGAGAGAAUUUUAAAGAAAAUGAACCUGUGAGAGAUGAGCGGAAACCAGCUUUUACCAACACGCUGCUUUAUGGAAACACAUCACUUCAUGGAAAGGAAACGGACAAAGACAAAAGACCCAAGGAGAUCAAAGUCAGAGUUCUUAAGGCCAAAGGAGGGAAAGGCAAUGUCCCAGACCUGAAAAAGAUAGAGUGUGAAGGUGAACACCGCCAGCAGGGCCCAGCCGAUGACAUGCACGCCUUGUCUCAGGAUAGAAAGCCCGCCAUUGCUGAAGUGCCAAACCCUGUCAAUCCCAGCAUGCACCCUGACGGUGUCAAAGAAGACCCACAGUCUGGAGGUUGUAUGAUAAUGCCACCCAUCAACCUGACAAGCAGUAAUUUGAUAGCUACAAAGCUCAAUGCAAACCUCUCCCACCCUAAUUCACGGUUAACUGAAAGAGCAAAAAAGAGACGCACUUCUUCACAAACCAUUGGACAGACUUUGUCUAAUAGCAGACAGGAGGACACAGGUCCCACGCAAAGCCAAGCAGAGAAAGGCGUAUUUAACGACCGAACAAGUCAGAGUGACCAAAUGACAAGUGGAAACAAAAGAAAGCUGAAUUUUCCCAGAUGCGACAGGAAAGAAUUCCAUUUCCCUGAACUGCCAUUCACAAUACAGGCGAAGGAAACGAAAGGAAUGGAAGUUAAACAGGUGAAAGUGCUGAAGAGAGAGGCAAAGAAAACAGAUUCACCUAAAAUACCAACUUUACUCACUGUGGACCCAAAUCAAGAACAACAAGAGGGUCAUCCACUGGAGAAUGAACAACUCACCAGGGGCCACACCCUUAAAGAAACUGACUCCUUUUCCCCAGAAGCCUCCAGUUGUCCAAAGCUACACAGCUGGGGGUUCCUCCGUUUACAACAUCUUUCCUGGCUGGUACAAGAAAGGCAACCUCCACUGGCCAUCCUGACCUCCCACUCGGUCAUCCCCCAUGCUCUGCUGGGGUCUUUCCUACUCUAAAGGUAGAGUCUGACCCAUCCCACCUAAGAGGGCUCAGGACUUUUACCCACUAGAGCACAGCAAGAUUGACACUAAGCUCUGAGAUGUGGUCAUAAAGAAUGAU